AUGUCUCACUUUAGGACUAAUAGACUUUUAUUAGUUAUUACUGGUCUCUGGCCACUGAAGACAAAUGUCUUACAAAAAUUGUUCUUCUCACUCUCAAUCUUUUUUGGUUUUUGUCACAAUAUUUUACAUGUAGGAACUGUGAUCGUGGCAUCUAUUGAAGCAGACAUUGACGUUCUUUUAGGAACCGUUCCAUAUAUUUUACUUAGUGGGGCUAUUACAAUACAUCUUGUUUUAUGGCUAAUAAAAUUUAACAAAAUCAAAAAUCUUUUGCAACGUGUUUAUUUCACUUGGGAAUAUUUUUUACCCGUCGAAAGAUUAAUAUUGGAAAAAUACGCCCACAAAAGUCGGAUACUUACUAAAAUUUACAUAUAUGUUAUUUACGGACCAAUUAUUCCUUAUAUGUUCUUUCAAUUAUAUAGAAGUUUUAAAACACCGUCUGCACAAGUAACGGGGACAACAAUACAUGUUGUUUUUGAUAUAAAAAAUUUCUUCGGUAUUGGAAAUUAUUAUUAUUCAGUUUUUGCUAUAUCAUUUUUUGGAACUUUUGCUAUAGCUAAUGUAGCUUUUGCGAUUGACUCUAUUUUUGUUGUUUUCAUUCAACAUGCAAGUGGAAUGUUUGCAGUACUCACCCAACGUUUACAUGAUACGAAAGUGGCAAAUUCCAAUUAUGAUAAAGCUCGAAAUGAAAGAGAAAAAAAUCGCAAAAUUAUUAUUGAAUGCCUAGCUGUACAUCAAUCUAUUAUCGAAUUUUCAGAUCUUAUUAAUACAAUAUUUUCGUUAGGACUCCUAAUAUCAGUUACUCUAUACACGGUUUCAUUAAGUUUUGCAUCAUUUUGCGCACUUGAAUAUCGAAAUAUGCCAAAUAUUAUGUUCAGAUUCGUCGUCAUAACUUCUGGAUCUCUUUUACAAAUGUUCUUAAAAUUUUGGCAAUGUCAGACAUUAAUUAAUCACAGUUCAUCAUUUCGAAAUGCAAUAUAUGGCGCAAAUUGGUAUAAUUUAUCACCAAAGACAAGAAUAAUUUUGUGCUUCAUGUUAAUGAGAUCAGAAAAAGACUGCAAGGCAAGUGCAGGGAAAUUCUUCGACAUGUCCUUUCAAAGUUUUUCAAAAAUUUUAAGUGCAGCUAUUUCAUACUUCGCGCUUUUGUCACAUUUAAGAAAAUCAAAAAGUAUUUUAUCAUAAGUUUUUGAGAAUAUAAAAAAUUAUUUCUUGUAAUUGUUACGAACGAGAAAAUAUUUAAAUAAUUAAUAUAGUUGAUUUAACUAUAAUGAUUAUUUUAGGCUUUUGAGAUGGCCCUAUUUUCCAGUUUGUUGGAGGAAUUCAAACUGCCAGAGCGUGAGCUCUGUUUAUCUUACUGGGAUUCGUGUUUCCUAGUUGCCAAAAUUCAGAAAUUAAUUAAGGAAGGGGGGG